GAACCAGGCCAGACGGCCGGCCUCCAGCUGGGGCUGGGGCCAGAGGGUGCAGAGGUGCGGCCCCCCACGCCCCUUGGGGUGCUGGGCGCGGGCUCGGCGUCCCGGGGACCCAGGAAUGCCCCCCCGCCAGCGCGCCCGGCGGCCGGGGGGAGGGCCCAGCCGGGAGUUUGGCAAACUCCUCCCCGUGUUGAGUCAUUCGCCUCUGGGAGGUUUAGGAAGCGGCUCCGGGUCGGUGGCCCCUGGACAGGGAAGAGCGGGCGCUAUGGGGAGCAGGACGCCACGGUCAGCUCUCCACGCGGAGCAGCUGAGCUGGGGCCCCGGGCGUCGCCGGCCGCUGCUGCCGCCGCUACUGCUGCUGCUGCUGCUGGGGUCGCCGCCACUCGGGGUCGGGGGCUUCAACCUCGAAGCAGAGGCCCCGGCCGUGCUCUCCGGGCCCCCGGGCUCCUUCUUCGGCUUCUCGGUGGAGUUCUACCGGCCAGGAACAGAUGGGGUUAGUGUUCUGGUGGGGGCGCCCAAGGCUAACACCAGCCAGCCAGGCGUGCUGCAGGGUGGUGCUGUCUACGUGUGUCCCUGGGGUGCCAGCCCUACCCCUUGCACCGCUAUCGAAUUUGACAGCAAAGGCCCCCGGAUCUUGGAGUCCUCACUGUCCAGUACCGAGGGAGCAGAGCCUUUAGAAUACAAGUCCUUGCAGUGGUUUGGAGCAACAGUUCGAGCCCAUGGCUCCUCCAUCUUGGCCUGUGCUCCACUGUACAGCUGGCGCACAGAGAAGGCUGAGAUACUGAACGACCCAGUGGGCACUUGCUACCUCUCCACGGAUAACUUCACCCGGAUUCUGGAGUAUGCACCUUGUCGCUCAGAUUUUGGCUGGGCAGCAGGGCAGGGUUACUGCCAAGGGGGCUUCAGUGCUGAGUUCACCAAGUCCGGUCGUGUGGUACUGGGUGGACCUGGGAGCUACUUCUGGCAAGGCCAGAUCCUAUCUGCUACUCAAGAGCAGAUCUCAAAGUCCUAUUACCCAGAUUACUUCAUCAACCCAGUACCGGGGCAGCUGCAGACCCGCCAAGCCAGCUCCAUCUAUGAUGACAGCUACUUGGGAUACUCUGUGGCUGUAGGUGAAUUCAGUGGUGAUGACACAGAAGACUUUGUUGCUGGUGUGCCCAAAGGGAACCUCACCUAUGGCUAUGUCACCAUCCUGAAUGGCUCAGACAUCCACUCUCUCUACAACUUCUCAGGGGAACAGAUGGCCUCCUACUUUGGCUAUGCUGUGGCUGCCACUGACAUCAACGGGGACGGGCUGGAUGACCUGCUGGUGGGGGCACCCCUGCUCAUGGAGCGGACGGCUGAUGGUCGGCCUCAGGAGGUAGGCAGGGUUUAUGUCUACCUUCAGCACCCGGCUGGCAUAGAACCUGGACCCACCUUCGCCCUCACUGGCCAAGAUGAGUUUGGCCGAUUUGGCAGCUCCUUGACACCCCUGGGGGACCUGGACCAGGAUGGCUAUAAUGAUGUGGCUAUUGGGGCUCCCUUUGGUGGGGAAACCCAGCAGGGAGUCGUGUUCAUAUUCCCCGGAGGCCCAGGAGGACUAGGCUCUAAGCCUUCCCAGGUUCUUCAGCCCCUGUGGGCAACUGGCCACACCCCAGACUUCUUUGGCUCUGCUCUCAGAGGAGGCCGAGAUCUGGAUGGCAAUGGAUACCCUGAUCUGAUUGUGGGGUCCUUUGGUGUGGACAAGGCUCUGGUAUACAGGGGUCGCCCCAUCGUUUCUGUCAGCGCAUCCCUCUACAUCUUCCCUGCCAUGUUCAAUCCAGAGGAGCGCAGCUGCAGCUUGGAGGGAAAUCCUGUGUCCUGUAUCAACCUUAGCUUCUGCCUCAAUGCCUCGGGAAAACACGUCCCCAACUCCAUAGGCUUGGCGGUGGAGCUGCAGCUGGACUGGCAGAAACAGAAGGGAGGGAUCCGGCGGGCGCUGUUCCUGGCCUCCAAGCAGGCCACCUUUACACAGACCCUGUUCAUCCAGAAUGGGGCUCGAGAGGACUGUAGGGAGAUGAAGAUCUACCUCAGGAACGAGUCAGAAUUCCGAGACAAACUCUCCCCGAUUCACAUUGCUCUCAACUUCUCCUUGGACCCCAAAGCCCCCACGGAUAGCCAUGGCCUCCAGCCAGUCUUACAUUACCAGACCAAGAGCCGGAUAGAGGACAAGGCCCAGAUCUUGCUGGACUGUGGUGAAGAUAACAUCUGUGUGCCUGACCUGCAGCUGGAGGUGUACGGGGAUAAGAAACAUGUGUACCUCGGUGACAAGAACUCACUGAAUCUGACUUUCCAUGCCCAGAAUCUGGGUGAGGGUGGUGCCUAUGAAGCAGAGCUUCGGGUCACGGCCCCUCUGGAGGCCGAAUACUCAGGACUCGUCAGACACCCAGGGAAUUUUUCCAGCCUGAGCUGCGACUAUUCCGCUGUGAACCAGAGCCGCCUGCUCGUGUGUGACCUGGGCAACCCCAUGAAGGCAGGUGCCAAUCUCUGGGGUGGCCUUCGCUUCACAGUUCCUCAUGUUCGGGACACUAAGAAAACCAUCCAGUUUGACUUUCAGAUCCUCAGCAAGAACCUGAACAACUCCCAGAGCAACAUGUUCUCCUUCCUACUCUCUGUGGAGGCUCACGCAGAAGUCUCCCUUAAUGGUGUCUCCAAGCCUGAGUCCGUGCUCUUCCCAGUCAGUGACUGGCAUCCCCGAGACCAGCCUCAGAAGGAGGAAGACCUGGGCCCGGCUGUCCACCAUGUCUAUGAGCUCAUCAACCAGGGCCCCAGCUCCAUCAGCCAGGGUGUACUGGAGCUCAGCUGUCCCCAGGCCCUGGAAGGCCAGCAGCUCCUCUAUGUGACCAAGGUGACAGGACUCAGCAACUGUACCUCCAACUAUACCCCCAACUCACAGGGCCUGGAGCUGGCUCCGGAGGGCUCCCCACACCAUCUGCAGAAACGAGAGGCUCCAGGCUGGAGUCCUGCCUCCUCAGGGCCACAGAUCCUGAAAUGUCCUGAAGCUAAGUGUUUCAGCCUUCGCUGUGAGCUGGGGUUUCUGCAGCGACAGGAGAGCCGAAGUCUGCAGCUGCAUUUCCGAGUCUGGGCCAAGACCUUCCUGCAGCAGGAGCACCAGCCGUUUAGCCUGCAGUGUGAAGCUGUGUUUGAAGUCCUGAAGAUGCCGUACCAAAUCCUGCCUCAGCAGAUACCACAAAAGAAACUUCAGGUGGCCACAGCUGUGCAGUGGAGCAGGGCAGAAGGCAACGGUGUGCCCCUCUGGAUCAUUAUCCUAGCUGUCCUUUUCGGCCUCCUGCUUCUAGGUCUGCUCAUCUACAUCCUCUACAAGCUUGGCUUCUUCAAACGCUCCCUCCCGUACGGAACUGCCAUGGAAAAAGCCCAGCUCAAGCCUCCAGCCACCUCCGAUGCCUGAGUCCUCCUGAUCCCAGACUCCCAAUCUGAAGAGCCAGUCCCCAACAGGGAGGGGACCAGGCACUUCCUGAAGGUGCUGAGGGCUGGGGAGAAGUUCCCUAGCCCAGAGACAUACUUGAAGGGCCAGAGCUGGGGGGCGAGAAGCUGGGGAUCCCUCCCCCUAUGCACUGUGAAGGACCCUCGUUUACAUAUGCCCUCUCACGGAUGGGGGCCUCAGGUCCAGGGACAGAAGCCCCAGCCUUCCUACAGCCUUUGCAUUAUGGAGACUUUCCUGAAAACAAGUUGGAGUAGGGAAUCCAGUUGUGGUUCUUUGGGCCAGGCAUGCCACCCGACUUCCUGUGUAGCACCAGCCUGCAGAGAUGCAACUUUGGCCUUCCCAGAGAUCCAAAGGAGGCCCACAGCUAAGAAUCUGGGACUCGGGGAGUGAGACCUGGGAGCUCCACAGCCUCCAUCCUGGAGGGCCAACAGAGAACACUAACUGGAUGGUACUCCAGGACCAGCUCAGGACAGAUCCCGAAGGUGGAUGGUGGCCCAGAUCCAUCUCCAGGGGAGUGAGAAUGAGAAUGGAGCCAGAUCCAGUGUGGAACCUGGGGUUGAUCUGGAGCCCAGCCUCAGACACUGAGAGCCUAAGCCAGCAGAUCCAGAACUGCAUUUGGGUCUGCUUGAGACCUGGAACUUUGGCCUAUUUCAUCCCCGACUUAGGACAAGUCAGAACUCGCCCAGGACACAAAUGGCAACAGACCUGGAACCUCAGCCUGGCCAGAUGCAGGCUCACUCAUUCUCCAGAGGAAAGGGAGCCCCAGGCCUGCAGGACCUGGGUUCUGCCCACCAGCUGCACUGACGCUGCCCCUCCUUCCCUGUCCUACCCUCCCCUCAGCUCUAGACCCACCCCUAAAACUUAUUUAAACUCUGUUGCAAGUGCAAUAAACCCUACCCACUGCCCCACUGACC